AUGGAGAAUGAUCCUUUGUUUACUGGAAUAGAGCGUGUGGUUGAAGAUGUAAUUGAUGAACAAGUAAGAGAGGAUGAAAUAGAGGAAUUAAAUCCUUUUGCAAAGAGACAAAGGAAGAAGACUUCAUGGGUAUGGAGACAUCUUGAAUUUGUGACAUAUUCAACUGGAAUUAUAAAGGUAAAGUGCAAAAAUUGUAGUACUCUUUUUAAGUACACCGAGGGUGGUCCAACAACUCAAUAUAGGAGGCAUUUGAUGUCUUGUUCUAUGGGUAAAUCAAAUGGGAAACAACAAUUAGGUUUCCAAAUUUCUACUCCUCAAUCUGAAAAUAAUAAGGGUCUUGAAAACUGGAAAUAUGACCAUGCUAAGAUUAGAGAGCUUAUGGCUCACAUGAUUAUUGUUCAUGAGCUACCAUUUAUGUUUGCAGAAUAUGAGGUCUUUAACAUGUUAAUGAAAGCCUCUGCCCCAGAAUAUGAAAAAGUUUCACGUGUGACUGCGAAAAAUAUUUGUAUGACUAGUUAUGACAUUGAAAAGAAGAGAACUAAGGGAUUGUUAAAACAAGCAAAUCGGGUUUGCAUUACUACUGACAUAUGGAGGUCGGAUUCACAAAAGAUAGAGUAUAUGGCAAUAACUUUUGAGUGGGAAAUUGAGAGUAAAUUGGCUUGCAUAACAGUGGAUAAUGCAACUUACAAUGAUGUAGUUGUAAGGACAUUGAAAGAUAGCAUAUCUUGCCAAGCUAUUUUACCUUAUGGUGGAAAGUUAUUUCAUGUCCGUUGUUGUGCUAAUAUACUUAACAUUUUGGUGCAUGACGGGUUAGAAGAGAUCAAGGAUGUAAUAUAUAAGGUGAGGGAAAGUGUGAAGCAUGUCAUAACAUCCAUAGCUCGACUUAACAUCUUUAGUGAAAUAUGUAAACAACUAAAGUUACCUGGUAGAAGGUUGGUUCUUGAUUGUUGUACUAGGUGGAAUGCAACCUACCAUAUGUUAUCUGUUGCAUUCGAGUUUAGGGGUGUGUUUCCAAGGUACAAGAAUAGAGAGCCAAGUUACAAUCUCUUCCCAUCAGAUGAAGAGUGGAAGAAAGUUGAAGUUGUUUGCACUUUCUUAUCACUAUUUAACCAAGCUACUGAAAUAAUUUCUGGAAGUGAGUAUCCAACUUCAAACAUAUUUUUGCCAGAACUUACCAACAUUAAGAUGAAGGUUAAAUUUGAUAAAUAUUGGGGAAAUUGUAAUUUGCUUAUAUCUGUUGCAGCUGCAUUAGAUACUAGAAAUAAAUUAAAAUUAAGUGAGUUGUCUUUUUCUACACUUUACUCGGAGGAUGAAAUGGCAACACAUACAAAAUAUCUGCGGGACACUUUGUAUGAUAUCUACUUGGAGUAUGUUGAAGCUCAUUCCUUAAAUAAUGCUCAAAAAACUGCUCAUGAGAGUGAUUAG